CCGCACUCGCAUAAGACAAAUCGAAGUAUUUUUGAGAUUCAAACGUUGUUCAAUCGACAGGACUUUGUUGAAAUAGCUUGCGUCUUUUAUCUCUCAAAGUAGCCAGCCUCAAGUCUUGUCUUAUAACCACAAUGCCAAUUCGCAUGAAACGCUUGAGUCGAAGUGAUCCAAACUACAAGGAUCAUGAGUUCAAGUUCUAUCAUUCAUGGUGCCACGAUGAGAAAAGUGCCAAGGUCAAGUCAAUCUACCUAGCCAGUCGAGACGACAUCGACAAGUCUUAUCGGGGACAGCGCUUUUUCACAUAUCUGAAUGGUGGGAGUUAUAAGAGGUUGUAUCAUGGUACCUCGCGUGCAUGUCACAUUGGAGAGUCGGGCAAUGAUCUGAAGCUCUGCCACGACGAUGAUUGUGGCACAUGCGGCAUUCUCAGGCAAUCAUUCAAACUGAAAUAUGCCGAUGACGAGGGAAUGUUUGGUCCCGGCAUUUACUCUACACCGAAUUCUUCAAAAGCAGACGUCUACGUGAAGAACCACUAUGUCAGCUCAAACCUCCACGCUAUGCUUAUUUGCUACGUCGUGGCGAGCAAACCUCAGCGCAAAUUGCUAGCAGACCACGACAUCACCAGGCCCUCUCGUGGCUUCAACUGUGUCGAGGGCAUUACUAUCAAUAACGGGGGGUCGCUUCAAUACCCAGAGUUUGUUGUGUAUCGGGAGGAUGCAAUUGUUCCAGUUGGACUCAUCAUGUAUACUCGGAAGGGUUGGGAGCCAUUAUGAUUGGGAAUCAGGCAAUGCUGUGCUUAGGUGUGCUACCUGUCCAGACCCUUUAUAAGAUUAAUAAAAUAGCAAUUGAAGGUGCGACGCGGCUUCUACAGAUUAAAGCUUAAUAACGAGUCAUUCGCCAUGA